GCGCACCACGAAUGAGUAGGAAGUAGCUUGCUAGGAACCAUGGCUCAAGUGAAUGUAGUGCUGCCCCAACUGAUGCAUGCGAAUGCGACGACACCUCUAGCACAAGCACUAGUAUUGCUCGUCCCUCUUGUGCUGCUGCUGCUGCUGCACCAUGCCUCCCGAAUCCGUCGUAGCAGCAACAAGCUGCGGCAGGCGAAGCGUCUCCCGCCAUCGCCACCAGGGCUGCCCAUCAUCGGCCACCUGCACCUCGUCGGCGCUCAACCGCACGUCUCCCUCCGCAGCCUCACCGCGAAGCACGGCCGUGACGGGCUCAUGCUCCUCCGCCUUGGCACCGUCCCCAACCUCGUCGUGUCGUCCCCGCGCGCGGCGCAGGCGAUUAUGCGCACGCACGACCACAUCUUCGCCUCACGGCCGACGUCCAAGGUCUCCGACGCGCUCCUGUACGGGUCUUCGGACAUCGCCUUCGCCCCCUACGGCGAUCACUGGCGGCAGGUCAGGAAGCUCGUCACCACGCACCUCUUCACCGUCAAGAAGGUGCACUCCUACCGCCUAGCCCGCCUGGAAGAGGUGCGGUUGGUGAUGGACAAGAUCCGGGAGGCCGCGGCUGCGAGCACGUCCGUGGAUAUCAGCGAAAUGAUGAACACCUUCGCCAACGACAUCGUCUGUCGCGCCGUGUCAGGCAAGUUCUUCAGGGCGGAAGGCCGGAACAAGCUCUUCCGGGAGCUGAUCGAGAUGAAUUCUCGUCUCUUUGGAGGAUUCAGCCUGGAAGACAACUUCCCAGGGCUAGCCAAGUCGCUAGGUUUUCUCACCUGCAGGUUUGUGAGCAACAAGGCCGACGAGGGACACAAAAGAUGGGACGAGUUGCUUGAAAAGAUAAUAAGCGACCACGAGAGACGAAUAAGCUCCUCUCAGCAUGGGCAUGCUGCUGCCGCCGGUGCUGCGCAAGAAGAGAGCGACUUCAUCCAUGUGUUGCUGCUCUCUGUUCAGCAAGACUACGGUAUCACCAGAGAUCAUAUCAAGGCCAUCUUGAUGGACAUGUUCGCUGCGGGCACAGACACAUCAUCUUUGGUCCUGGAACUCGCUAUGGCCGAGCUGAUGCGCAACCCUCAGCUCAUGACCAAGCUACAAUCCGAGGUGAGGAAGAACACGCCGAAGGGACAAGAAAUGGUCGAGGAAGAGAACCUAGCCGGCAUGGCCUAUCUGAGAGCCGUCGUAAAGGAAACACUAAGGCUGCACCCGCCUGCGCCGCUCCUCCUCCCGCACCUUUCCAUGGCGACCUGUGAUGUCGAUGGCUACACGAUCCCCUCCGGCACGCGAGUCACCAUCAACGCAUGGGCUAUCAGUAGAGAUCCGGAGUCAUGGGAGAAGCCUGAGGAGUUCAUGCCGGAGAGGUUCAUGGACGGUGGCAGCGCUGCGACAAUCGACUUCAAGGGGAAGGACUUUGAGUUCGUUCCAUUCGGGGCUGGCCGGAGGAUCUGCCCUGGCCUAAACUUUGGGUUGGCUACUGUUGAGAUCAUGUUGGCAAACCUCAUGUACUGCUUCGACUGGGGGCUGCCGGCCGGCAUGGAGAAGGAGGAUAUUGAUAUGACGGAGGUGUUUGGAUUGACGGUCCAUCCAAAGGAGAAGCUCAUCCUUGUUCCCAAAUUCCAUGAAAGCUGAGGCAGAAGCGGCAACUGCGUGAUCGAUCAGUGAAAGAUGUCUAGUGUGCAGCACAUUCAUGUACCGGCCUCAUAUAUACAGCUGUCCAUCCAUAUAUAUGUUAAUGCAUAAUGCAGCAGCAGUACGUAUAUAUGCUAGCUGCUUAACUAGUUCUAUGCGCAUAAUAUUAAUGCGCAUGCAUGUCCGUUCACCGUCAUGAACUAAAUAGAUAGUUUAAAGUUUGAGCACAAUAAAUGUAGUAUAUAUAUUUAUAAUUUCGGAUUUGGUAACAAUCAAUUGUCUAAGCUAGAUAUAACAAACCCUCGGUUGAUUUCCUC